AAAAUUAUUGCGCAAGAAACAGGAAAAGUGUAAACAUAAGCAUUGCAACUAUGGAUGGAACUUGAGCUUGAGCAAUAAAUCACAAAUGUAGCGUAAAAUGAGAAGCAAAUCUGCAGUAGUUAGCUGAAAAUCGCCCCAAUCGAUGGCAAUGAAUUCCAACGUGACUGUGCUAAGUUACAACGAAAGCCUGCUGCGAAAGUCCGAUGUCGAUCUGCUCAAGGGGCCCCAUUGGCUGAACGACACCAUAAUAUCCUUUUAUUUCGAAUAUCUGGACGCUGAUUUCUUCAAGGGAAAUGACUUGUAUCUGUUUGUGUCUCCUGAAGUAACCCAGUGUAUCAAGCUUUGCCACCAGAGUGAAAUAGCGAUUUUCCUGGAGCCCCUGCUGCAGGAGAAGAGGCCCAGUUUUAUAUUCUUUGCUCUAAAUGACAAUGAACAAACGGAGUACUCAGGCGGAAGUCACUGGAGCCUUUUGGCUUAUUCCUGCCCCGAAAAAAUGAUGUUUCAUUACGACUCAUCGCAUGGAAGCAACGAGAAUCAAGCCAUGGAUCUUGCGGAAAAAGUGCUGAAGUUCUUUCAGCUGCCCAUCGCCGGUCGAUUUGAAGAGGCGCCCACAUUGCAGCAAAACAAUGGCUACGAUUGCGGAAUUCACGUGCUUUGCAACACCGAACAAUUGGCUAGUUAUGCGGGACAUUACGGCAAACUGAGGGGCUGUCCUAAAGUGACCCCCGAACAAGUUCAGAGUAAAAGAUGGGACAUUUUAAGUAUUAUCGAAAAGCUAAGAGCCACCACUCGACCGGGGGCUUUGUAGUCGGUUCAGGUCACAAUUUAUUACCAUUUAGGCAAGUAUAUGAUUAAUCUUU